CUUCACGUGAGCUACACAAAUCCAACUCCUUCUUAAGUUGGGCUCAAGUAAGGCCCAAAUCCGAGACGACUAUUUUCCGUUUUGAUCUCAGUCGAAUCCGAGUUGGAAGAGAGAGAGAAAGAGAGAGUAGUGAGUCUAGUGAGUCAAGAGUCAAAGGUGGAACCAACGAAACAAAGGCAGCGAAAUUGAGGAGCUAUUUAUUCUUUCUUUAACGCUCUCUUCAGUUGACUGUUCACGCUCUUCGCAUUCUGCGCCACCUUCUCAAAUCUCUUUCGAUUCUCUUUGCAUCUUUGCAACAACCUCCAUGGCGACGAACACGUUCACCAGAGUAUCACUCUCCGCCCGCUCUCUCCGUCCUCAGUUCAAUCACAGAUUGGCAUUCAGUUCAAUUGCUGGACCAAGGUCUAGCUCAUUUUCAAGCUAUGGGAGAAGGAAUGUUUCUUUCAGCUCGCAGCAGCACUCAGUUCGCCUUAGAGUUUCCUGUGCCGCUAAACCGGAGACAGUAGAAAAGGUGUGCAAAGUAGUAAAGAACCAGCUGGCUCUUCCGGAUGACUCUAAAGUCACUGGCGAGUCAACAUUUGCAGCUCUUGGAGCUGAUUCACUUGACACGGUUGAGAUUGUGAUGGGGCUUGAGGAGGUAUUUGGUAUCAGUGUAGAAGAAGAUAGUGCACAGAGCAUCUCAACAGUUCAGGAAGCUGCAGAUCUUAUCGAGGAUAUCAUCAGUAAACAGAGUCCUUAGACUAUACAUAUACCAGAUGAAAAUAUAUAUGGUAGAUAUUCUGCUUUGAGUGUUUUAUCUGCAUAUUCUGCUGUUGCCUUGUUUCAUAGGUUUGAAAAAGAAAAACAAAUUUGCAGGGAGAAAUUAUGUGAAGGAUGUGGUUUUUGCAUCAGGAAAGGCUUUAUAAAGGGGAAUGAUUCAAUCCCAUAAAAUUGUUGCAUCUUUGGUGACCAUUGGUCAUUGUCACAAUUCCAGUGGUCUGCCUUUGUUAAUAAUGAACUUGCUAUGCUAUCCGAGUCAGGAGUCGUAGUUUUGUUUCAAUUUAGGAGCAUCUCUGAUUGUUCAAUGAAUUGCAUCCUUCGUAAAUAUUGUGUAGUAAAUAUUUUAAGGUUUGUAAAAAUAGCUGGAGAAAAAUACAAGCGGAAUCUAUAUUUAUCAUAACAAAAGAAGUGAAGCGACUAUAUUUUGUUUC